ACGGCUAUGUUAAAGGGGUCGUUGGGUCAAUUCACUUCCCUCCCAAACCCGAAAACAUAAUAACAUUAGACGAUAGAGAGAAGAAGUACGUUGUUGCAGGGCAGGGAUAUUUGUUUUCUCACUCUCUCUCAUGUUCACUCAACAACAACGACGCACUCACUGACAUCAACACUAGUUUCAGGUGCUAUCUCAUCCACCAAAUGCAGCAAAUACACUCCAUGCCCGGAGGGAGGUUUUUCUCCGGCUCCGGAUCCGCCGACCGGAGGCUCCGACCCCACCAUCAGAACCAGCAGGCCUUAAAGUGCCCCCGCUGCGACUCUCUCAACACCAAGUUCUGCUACUACAACAACUACAACCUCUCCCAGCCCCGCCACUUCUGCAAGAACUGCCGCCGCUAUUGGACUAAAGGCGGCGUCCUCCGCAACGUCCCCGUCGGCGGCGGUUGCCGCAAAUCCAAACGCUCCUCCAAGCCCAACAAAAUAACACCCUCUGAAACCGCUUCACCGCCACCACCCCCGCACCCCGACCACAACAACAACUCCAACUCUCAUUCCAGCAGCGAGAGCUCCAGCCUCACCGCCGCCGUUGCCACCACCACCGAGGCCGUGUCGGCGCCGGAGACUUUAAACUCUGAUUCCAACAACAACAACAACAUGCAAGAGUCAAAGUUGUUGAUCCCUGCUCUGGAAACUAAUAAUCCUCUGGAGCAGGGAACAGGGGACUGCGGUGGUAUCUUCUCUGAAAUUGGUCCUUUCACCAGUUUGAUCACUACUACUACUUCCACUAAUGAACCUUUAGGGUCAGGGUUCGGGUUCGGUAACUCCACUCUCCCCGAUGCGUCGUCGUUUCAGUGGCACUACCAGAAGGUUAGCAGUAACAACGAAGAAUUGAAGUUGCCGGAGAACUCCUUUCUCGAUCACACCGUUGAUUUGUCGGGGAUGCAUAGUAAAACCAGCCACGGGGGAGGAUUCGGAUCGUUGGAUUGGCAGGGCGGUGCAGAUCAAGGUUUGUUUGAUCUUCCUAACACCGUUGAUCACGCUUACUGGAGUCACACUCACUGGUCUGACCACGACAAUUCUUCUUCUCUCUUUCAUCUUCCCUGAAAAUGUUUUCACGCCUCUUCUAAAUCUUAUCUCACCUUUUUUUUUUUUAUUUCUUAUAUAAAUUUAACUUUAAAAGAAGAAGAGUAAAGGAGAUUGGAAAUCAAAACCAAAGUUUUAAAAAAAUUUGAAAGAGAAGUGGAAGGACUUGGUAUAAUUAAUUACGCGGUGUAUAUUUUUUUUUGAAGUUAUAAAUUUGGGGGGUGAUUGAGCUUGAUAUUAAUUAGUGAUGUGCAUGCACAACUAACUUCCAUGUUAGUUUCUACAGUAUCUGAUUUCUUUCUCUCUUUUUUGUUUUCUGAGUUCAGGUUUUAAUAUAUAUGUAUGUGGAAUUUGAUUGAUUAACAGAGAAAUUAUAGCAGGGUGUUUUAAUUUUGUCA